AUGCUGUCCUCCUUCCGUCGGAUGAGCACGUUCAUGUCUUGUUCCUUCUGUAGUCGUAUUCCCGGUACAACAGGCCUGGACUUUGCAGCACCAACAACCAACAACCACAGCAGCAGCAGCAGCGCCAGCGACAGCAGCAGCAACAACAAUAACAACGACAACAACAACAACAACAACAACAACAACAACAACAAGGAAGAGGAAAUGGCCGACUCUCUCAUCGAGCUUCAGCCCUCGCAGGCCCAGCCGCGGCCCCAUCAGCCCGAGUCCGACCCCCAGCAGCAGCAGCAGCAGCAGCAGCCCGAGUCCGACCCCGACCACCAGCAGGAGUCCGAGUCCGACCCCCAACACCACCAGCACCAGCCCGAGCCUGCCCCGCCCGCCCUGCCCACCCUACCCGCCCCCGCCCUGCCAGUCAAUGCGUGGCUUCCGCCCUCCGGCAGAUGGCUGGGACUCCUCCGACGGGAGGCGCUGCGAAGAGCACGAAGACGGCGAGGUCGACCGGGACCGCGGGGAGAAGAGGGGCCGUCGGGCGAGGAAGGGCCACCGGAAGGCCAAGGACCGCCUGGGCCGGUUGGAGAGGAGGGAGGAGAGGGGGGCAAGGGGGAGCCGGGGGCUCCGGUCGACAAUCGGUGGGUGAUUGUGGGGCUGUGGUUCGCCCUGAUCGCAGGGCAGGGAAGCGGCCUGAGCCGGCCGGAGAAGCCCACCACCCCGCAAAGCAUCGGGCACUACAUGAUGCAGGUGGUCUUGUCCCUCUCGGUGGCGGCAUGUUUCGACGUGCUGGUUAGCUUGGCCGCGCCGGCCAGCGAUUCCGGUCGUGGCGGUCGGUUGGCGGGGCGUUAG